AAAGCAAAAGUAGCAAAAGUUUGAUGUCUCUCGCUCCUCUCUCUUUCUCUCUCCUCUCUCCUCUCUCGCACUGGUCAAUUCUUACGACCAAAGAUUGAAACUUUAGGAAAGGGAAUGGGGGGUCACUGCCAGAAAAUGCUUUUCUCUCUUUAAUACCUCAAAAGCUCCUCUGCAACCUUCCCCAAAUCACCAUCAUCUGGUGGCUGGUUGCUUUUGCGUUAUCUGAAAUCACGAUUUUGAAGUAGUUUUAUGAAUUCGGUGCUGAUGAUGGAGUGGAAUGAAAAACCUCCUUCACCAUGGGAUUUGGAGAACCUUUUCAUGUAUGGUGCAAAAGUUACUGAAAAUCCUAAAAGGGUACAACCAGCAGACUGGGGCAUUGAAAGGGAACGAGGAAUGAACUCUGAAUCUUUCUAUUCGACUGGGGGUGAUGGGGGUAGUGGUGUUUCCGGCUCUGAUUUUGGAGAUGGUUCAUCAAAGUGUUCGAAAUCAGCUUCUGUCAAUUCUUCAGUCGGGGAAAGUAAGAAAUCCAAUUUCAACUUUGAGUCUUUUGAAGGUUUCCCAAAGGAUUUCAUUGAUAAAAAGGAUUCAGCUGAAGCUGAGGCCCUUGGAUCUUCUCCAACUCAUGAGGUUUCUGCUGGCUCUGGCGAGCCCUUGCUCAGUCUAAAGCUUGGUAAGCGGAUGUACUUCGAAGACGUUUGUGCAGGAAAUAAUCAUGAGACCUCUUCUCCUUCCGUUAUUUCCACAUCAAUAUCGACAAGGACAAAGAGGUUUAAGUCCCCUGCUCAGAGUGCGUUUGCAUCACACUGCCAAGUUGAAGGCUGCAAUCUUGAUCUUUCAUCAGUCAAAGAUUACCAUCGCAAACAUAGGAUUUGUGCAAAUCAUUCCAAAUCUCCGAAGGUUGUUGUAGAUGGUGUGGAACGCCGGUUUUGCCAGCAGUGUAGCAGGUUCCAUGGCCUUUCUGAAUUUGAUGAAAACAAGCGAAGCUGUCGCAGGCGACUUUCUGAUCACAAUGCAAGGCGCCGCAAGCCACAGACACAAGUAGUGAGACACCCAGCGAGGCUGUCUUCAUCACUGUUCAUUACAGAUGACAGGCAACAGAUGAGUUUUGCUUUUGACCGAGGUCCAUAUGUUUACACAAAGCAUGCUUCGCAUUUAGCAUGGGAUGGCUCGUGCAACCUCAAGUUCACACAAACGAAAGAUUAUUUUCCAAAUCCUGCAAAAGCAGGAGGCACUGCCAGGCAGCUAAAUUUUGCCAGCAAUGAAACUCCAGGCUUGAUAACUAGGCUUUAUCAGGAUUCCAGUAGGCUGUCACCAUCCAAGAGCACUGCGGCUGAGGUUCUUAGCGGGGGUGCUGAAGAAUCUAUGAUUUCCUUCAACCUGGAUGCAACACAGGAUAUUCAUCGUGCUCUCUCUCUUCUGUCAACGAGUCCUUGGGUUUCAGGCGGGUCGAAACCUGUUCCACUUGAUACCAGCCAAAGCUAUCAUAACAACUCGCCUCAACAGGGGAUGCAUGCAAUGACUCAAGGUGUGCCGGUCUCUUCAGGGGACUGGCAAAGUCAGCAUCCAUCCCUCGAUACCCAAGCACACGUCUCCCACUCACACAGUAACGUCAGCAACCACUUUCAGGAUCUUCAUCAGUUCAAAGCGCUGUAUGAGUUUGGCUAUCACCCAAACCAAUUCAGUUAACUCCACCUAAGAUAACUGUUCUUUCACCCGUAUAACUUGUCGUUUGUGAAGAAACUCGGCACUGCUUUGGUUUACUACGGACGAGAAUCCAGGGAUCGGGAAUAGUUGCGAAUUCAAGGGCUGUGUGCGUUAUUUUGCUGCUAGCUACUCUAUCUUCUUUGUUAUUGCAUCAAGAAUUUGACAAUUUUUUGCAAAUUUGGUUCCUUGUUGGGAUAUUGCUUUACAUUUGUGGAAUUUUCUUUUAUA